UAGUGCAUGAGCCCGUAAGCAGGCAGGAGGAUGAUUGGCUGUGCGUGUUCACAGGUGCGUGCGUGCGUGUGAGUGUGUGUGUGUGUAUGUGUGUGUCGUGACUCAGACUGCAGCGGAUCAUCUGAGCUCUGGAGACGCUGCGUCCAGGUGAAGCUCCGCAGGUGACCCUCCCUCCCCUCCCUCCUUCCCGGUGGGUAAAUCCACGCACACGCGGGAGACUCGGGUGACGGGUUCUGUAAAUGUGAACGUUGAUGGAGAACCGAGGUUCUGCCGUGGACAGGAUGAGCGUUUUUAGGAGUUCUGCAGCGUUUCUGGGUCGGUUCUCCUUCCAGCGGUGAGCGAUGAGUGUUUCUGACGGUUUCAACAUGAAGCUUCCUCUUCACUCCGCCGACCUCAACGGGAACGCCUUCCCCGUCUCCUCCUCGUCCUCCUCCUCGUCCUCAUCUUCAUUCUCGCCGGAGUCGAUCCGCAGCCUGAGCGGUGCCGACGGCCCGCCGGAGUACGACCUGUUGGAGGUUACCCUGACGACCGUGGUUACCGCCGCCGACGCCGUCGUCAUUUCAAAAUGGCUGCCGCAGGAUGACAACCCGGAGGACGACGUUUCGGCGGGAAAAACCGAGUCCAACGACAACUCGGUGUCGGUGUACCUGGAUGCCGACGAUUUCCGGAGAGACACCUGGAACGACAACCUGACGCUGUCCCUGACGACCGGUAGCCACGGCAACGACGACUCCUCGACUCCAGACUCGGACGCCACGGAGGUUCCUGCUGACGACGACGACGAAGAGGCUCUGUUUCUGUCUGUCUGCAGCUCCAUCAGCGAGCAGAACCUGGUUCCACCCGAGGAGGCCCAGAGUCCACCAUCUGAGGACCUGAUUGAAAGCACCCAGAUUACACUUCCUGCAGUGCCGACCAAACCUGUGGCUAAAACCAAAACCACCAGCAUUAGAGAGUCUCAGAGAGUCUCCAAACUGGACCUGAAGACGGUCAGAACCAGAGUCGGUUCACGAUCCAACCAGUCGCCACCAAAACCACCGAGUCAGCAGACCAGAGCUGCUCCAGUCGAUACGAGGCGAGUGGUUUCCAGUAAGCAGGAGGCAGCUGAUGGAGCUAAAAGGCCGACGGCCGGCCCGGUCCGAGUCUCCGUGGUGCUCAGACCCGUCAGAGAGAAGAGCAGCGGCCACAGAACAGAACGCAGAGCUGCAGCGUCUUGCAGCCCUCUGGAGGAUUCUCCCAGCCGGUCGGUCAAGAACAAGGAGACUGGAGAUGCUGGAGGCUCUGGAGGUUCUGGAGGAGCUGUAGAGGCUGAAGGUUCUGGAGGAGCUGUAGAGGCUGAAGGUUCUGGAGGGUCUGGAGGAGCUGUAGAUGCUGGAGUUUCUCUGGAGGCUGGAGAUGAACCUCCACUGACUGAAGCUGCGAUGGAGAAGCGGAGGAGUCACGUCAGGAAAGUCUCCUCCAAGCCGGGACCCAGACAGCCGCAGCCUCUUCCAGGACCUCCAGGACCUCCAGGACAGGGGGGUUCCGGGCCCAAGGCGGCCCAGAACGGAGGCUCCUCGGCGGGGGAAGGUGGGCAGAGCGCUGGGAGCGGAUCUCCAAGCAAACCGAGACAAAGUCAGAACCAAGGGAUCCCCAAACCUCGAACCUCGUCGUCUGUCGCUCCGUCUCCUGCAUCCUCCACCUCCAGACCAGCAGCCAAUCAGCAGCCGCCGUCGGGGUCGUCGGGGCGACCGGCAGCCUCCUCGAAGCUUCCUGUGAAGGGAUUACCCACAAGCCUCAGCGCUUCAUCGCUAGGAAGCAACGACAGCAGCAGAGCUGCUCCUUCGUCUCCUGGAGCUCCAGGGAUCCGACCGGAGGACCGACCCAGCAGAGGCCCCCUCCCUCUGGGCACCCAGAGCUCUGUGAAGCCCCCCAGCUCCAGCACCAGUCCUCCCAGUGAUGCAGCUCCCAGUUCAACCGGUGGAGGGAAACUUCUUCCCCCCAUGAGGAGCAGAGCUUCUUCUCUGCAGGCCAGAGCGUCCAGCACAGGUCUGAAGCCUCCGACCGUCGGCUCCGUUAAAUCUCCCUCCAGGACUCCUGCGGUCCAGAACCAGACCCGGCCGACCCAGAACCUCCUGCAGCGCAGCGGCUCGGCCAGAUGGGGGCGCCUCAAAGGCUCAGGUGAGUCAAAAGCUGCAGGUUUUCAUCUGAGAGCAGAACGGCAGAGAAGAAGAAGAAGAGGAAACAUGCUGUGGUCUCCAAGACUGUCGCUGUCCAACUUCCACGUGAAGCUGACGGCCAAAGGGCUCUUCAGGAACCUGCAGCUGCUGCCGGGAUGCAGGAAGAACACGGUGGUGUUCCACGCAGUUUGGGCUCAGCAGCUCUGCAUGUCGCCCUGGAACCAACCAGUGGAUAAAAACAAACCGACGUCCAGAUCCAACCAGACGGCCGGCGGAGAGAAGAACCAGAACCAGAACCAGCCGCUGCCUCCACCUGAGCAGGUUCCAGAUGUUGUGAACGCUAACACACCAGCGGCUCCAGUUCUCCCGGUUCCCUCCACUGAUAACACCACAUCGGGUUCCACCGGACCCUCCAGCUUCAGAGCCAGAACCGGAGCCCGGUCCAGCCCCAAGGCAGGUUCCCGCCUGCAGAAUGCUCCCAGACCAGCAGGGGGCGCCGUGGAUGGUUCGGCUAAACAGAACCACAACAAAGAACAGGCAGAGAAGAAGAACCAGGCCAUCAACCAGCUGAGGAGGCUGCUGGUCCAGGGGAACCGGAGGGUGGAGGCUCUGGCUACAGUCAUCCAGCAUCUCUUCACCGAGAGACAGAGGCCUUUAAAGCAGAAGAAGGAGCUUUCACUGGAGGCUGUCAAACCUCCGGAUGAACUCGCGUCGUCGUCGCAGUGCUGCGAGCGUCUGCAGAAGGAGAAGGAGGAGGCUCGGCUCGGCCUGGAGGAGGCCCUGAAGAGGCUGGAGGAGCAGCACAAGGAGGAGCUGGAGCAGCUGGAGGACAGACUGAGGAGUUUCUACCAGACGGAGUGGGACAAAGUUCACCAGACGUACCAGGAGGAGGCGGACAAAUGUCGCAUGUUGAUGGAGGCAGCAGUAGAAGAUUCCAGACUCGGUAACGAGUCGACGCGUGAAGAACAGGAGGAGAACCACCUGCAGACCCUGGAGGCUCUGAAGCAGCAGCACCUAUCCUCCAUAGAAGAGCUGAGGAGGAAUCAGCAGACGGAGGUAGAAAACCUGCAGAAGACGCUGACGGAGACGGAAACUUCUCUCUCUGGAGAAAAUUUCUGAGCUUGGUCGGCGGAGAAGGAGGAUCUGAGCGAGAAGCUGGCGGCUGAGAGAGGGAGGCGACGGAACGGAAUUCUGUCCGACAAGAAUCUGAAGGACUCCCACACCGUCAACCUGGAGCAGGAGCUGGAGAGUCUGAACGUGGUUCUGUAGAUCCAAGAACAAUCAGCUGAACCUCAGAAGGAGAAUAAGCUGAUGGAGAUGGACAAAACGGUGGAAAACAACGUGAAGCUGGAGGAAUGUCUGAAGAAGGUCCAGCAGGAGAACGAGGACUACAAGGCCAGGAUGGACAAACACGCUGCUCUGUCCAAGCAGCUGUCCACAGAGCAGGCCAUCCUGCAGCAGACCCUCCAGAAGGAGUCGAAGGUGAACAAGCGUCUGUCGAUGGAGAACGAGGAGCUGCUGUGGAAGCUCCAUAACGGCGACCUGCUGGCGAGCCCCCGCCGCCUCUCCCCCACCUCCCCCUUUGGCUCCCCCAGGAACUCCGCCUCCUUCCCCACAGCCGCCCCGUUAUCGCCCAGAUAGCCGCCUGAAGUCGGACUUGUACGUUUAGAAGGAACCGAGCGGCACCGAUGCACUUAAGCAGAGCGUAGGACCGUCCACGCUCCGAACUAAAAGCGCCUGGAGCUCCAACUCCUUCCUUCUUUUUGUGAAGGAACGUGAGCAGCAGGCACACCUCAGGGUCUGUACAUAGAUAUCUCACCUCCCUCGUUGUUAUGCUGUACAGCUCGGCCAUCCCUCCAGAGACGGGAUGAGAGAAAACCUUGGAUUCUGUGGAAACAGAGUUGUUUGGGUUUGGAGGAUCUUAAAAUGACGGGUACCUCGUGGUGGACUUGCAUGGAUUGUUUGGGGUUCUUUUUGCCUUUUCCCUUCUUUUUAAAGAGAUUUUUUUUUUGUUCUUCCCAAAGAGCGAAGCUCAAUCACUGAUCAGUGAAUUAUUGAUCCAGCGGAUGUCUGUUCCUCUGUCAGUCCUCACAACCUCUACCUUAAUCUGCUCUGUGGAAUGUAAUCACCCCUGGAUGCUGAACACCACCGUCUGAGGAAAUAUGCAGUUUGUUUAACGGAGGGCGUCGGCCUUUUCUCCCCUUGCUUUCCCCUCAAACCCCUCGUUAACAGAGGAACCCUUCACACCCUUUGUGCCCAAACAGAACAAAGCUGAACUUCUGAGAACCCUCCAGGCUCCGUUUUAACUCAACCCAAAUAAAAAUAAACUGUUUGUCGUUUGUCCUGAAAAACCUCAGAUGUACCCAAAAAUGCCUCAGAUGUACAUGGUCCUGUUUUAUUUUGGACACAAUAAAUACGAUACGACAUCA